CGGGAUAUUUCGAAUUUCCAUCGUACGUCACUUUUCAAGGGUCUAUCUAGAUUCGGUAGUUCGUUAAAUCGUAACUUUACGAGCUAUAGUUUAAAUUAACCUCAUCAAUCUUAAACACAAACCUCUUUAUGCAUAUACGCGAACCUUAAGGAAAAUGAGGGCUUGCAUAUACAAGGUUACUAGAGAACAUCUAUCACCAUGAGCGCAGACCUACCAGCGCAAAUCCGCGCCAGCCUGCAAAGUCAAGGUCUACCCGUCCCAUCACUAGCAUGGAUCCAAAGCGCUCUACCGAACCGGAACCCGCUCCCUCCGCUCCCCGCCCUAGUCGCGACCGUGAAAACCCGUCUCCUCGCCGCGGACCUAACCAACCCGACCCUCUUCGAGGCCCCCGGUCCCGCGUUCCCGCCAAACUUAGGUAAUCCGGAGAUCAAGGAGACCAAGCUAUCCCGCGACGUCCCCGUCCAGGUCCUGGACAUCGACAACUUGUCCAAGAGCAAGUGGGAGCAGGUAGAGGAGAUCGAGGCCAUAGCGCGCGGCGAACAGACCCGCGGUCGCGAGAUCAUCCGGCUACCGACGGGCAACGACGGGGAAGAGGAAGACGACGGCUCGGUCAGCGCGACGCAGACCGCGACGGGUAGGGACGCCGCGCUCAACGCUAGCAUCGCGAGCGCGGCGGCCGCGUCGAAGGGCGCGACGCACCGGCUCGUGCUGCAGGAUUGCAGGGGCCAGAAGGCGCACGCGAUGGAGCUGAAGCGCGUGGAUCGGAUUGGUGUCGGCUCGCUUAAUAUCGGCGAGAAGAUUAUGGUGAAGAGGGGUGCGGUUGUUGCGAGGGGCGUCUUGUUGCUUGAGCCGACGACGUGUGUUGUGCUCGGGGGAAAGGUGGAGGCGUGGCAGAAGGCGUGGGUGGAGGGGCGGUUGGCGAGGUUGAAGGAGGCUGUUGGUGCUGAUGUGAGGGGGUGAGAUAUUUACCUACCUAUUGUCUGGGUUACUUGGGGUUGUGGUGAGGAUUAUGGAGGGGUUCUUGUGGGAUGGAGUAUAGCUUCAUAAGGAUAUGUAGAGACUUAUUAUUACAGGUACAGAAUUUCUAAGUACAAUACAUAAAGGGAUAUUUUGC